UUCAUCACAAAGCUGCUGCGAAUGCUGUCAUCCAAUACCAACCCGGAGUCAAUAAGAUGGGGUGCCGAUGGGACCACUGUGCUGAUCUCGGACCCAUCAGCCUUUGCAACGAAAGUUAUUCCAAAGUACUUCAAGCACAGCAACUUCGCCUCUUUUGUUCGACAGCUGAAUGUGAAUCUUUCCAGUUUCAUGCAAUUUCCU